AUGGGGAGCCCCGAGGACGACCUCAUCGGGAUUCCGUUCCCGGACCACAGCAGCGAGCUCCUGAGCUGCCUCAACCAGCAGCGCCAGCAAGGCCACCUGUGCGACCUCACCAUCCGGACGCAGGGCCUUGAGUACCGCACGCACCGGGCCGUGCUGGCCGCCUGCAGCCACUACUUCAAGAAGCUCUUCACGGAGGGCGGGGGCGCCGGCCCGGGCGCCGGGGCGGGGGGCGGCGGGCCGGCCGCGGGGGGCGCCGGGGGCGCCGGCGGCGUGUGCGAGCUGGACUUCGUGGGGCCCGAGGCCCUGGGGGCCCUGCUCGAGUUCGCCUACACGGCCACGCUGACCACCAGCAGCGCCAACAUGCCGGCCGUGCUGCAGGCCGCGCAGCUGCUGGAGAUCCCCUGCGUCAUCGCCGCCUGCAUGGAGAUCCUGCAGGGCAGCGGGCUGGAGGCCCCCAGCCCGGACCAGGACGACUGCGAGCGGGCCCGCCAGUACCUGGAGGCCUUCGCCACGGCCACGGCCACGGCCUCGGGGGUCCCCAACGGCGAGGACAGCCCCCCGCAGGCGCCUCCGCCGCCGCCCGCCCGGCCCGUCGCCCGCCGCAGCCGCAAGCCCCGAAAAGCGUUCCUGCAGACCAAGGGGUCCCGGGCGAACCACCUCGUGCCCGAGGCGCCCCCGAUGCCCACCCACCCCCUGGCCUACGAGGAGGAGGAGGUGGCGGCGGGCAGGGUGGGCGGCAGUGCGGGCAGCGGGCUGGGAGACAGCUACAGCCCUCCCGCGGGGGCAGCCUCCCCCCCAGAGGGGCCCAUGAACUAUGAGCCCUUCGAAGGCGAGGAAGAGGAGGAGGAGCAGGAGCUGGAGUCGUACGCCUCGGCCUACCGGCUGGCACAGGUCGCCGGGCCCCCGCUGUCCCCCGACGACGUGGGCUCCGAUGAGGAUGCCAUCGACCCGGACCUGAUGGCCUACCUGAGCUCCCUGCACCAGGACGCCCUGGCCCCCGGCCUGGACGGCCAGGACAAGCUGGGGGUGCGGAAGCGCCGCUCCCAGAUGCCCCAAGAGUGCCCCGUCUGCCACAAGAUCAUCCACGGGGCCGGCAAGCUGCCGCGCCACAUGAGGACCCACACGGGCGAGAAGCCCUUCGCCUGCGAGGUCUGCGGCGUCCGGUUCACCCGGAACGACAAGCUGAAGAUCCACAUGCGGAAGCACACGGGAGAGCGCCCCUACUCGUGCCCGCACUGCCCUGCCCGCUUCCUGCACAGCUACGACCUCAAGAACCACAUGCACCUGCACACGGGGGACCGGCCCUACGAGUGCCACCUGUGCCACAAGGCCUUCGCCAAGGAGGACCACCUGCAGCGCCACCUCAAGGGCCAGAACUGCCUGGAGGUGCGCACCCGGCGGCGCCGCAAGGACGAUGCUCCGCCCCACUACCCGCCGCCCGCGGCCGCUGCCCCCGCCCCCGCCGGCCUGGACCUCUCCAACGGCCACCUGGACACCUUCCGCCUCUCGCUGUCCCGGUUCUGGGAGCAGUCGGCCCCUGCCGGGCCCCCGGCCUCCACCCCAGGGCCCCCCGACGAGGACGAGGACGAGGGGGCCCCCGCCACUCCCCAGCAGGCCGAAGGCGCCAUGGAGUCCUCUUAG